AUGAACUUGGCAGGAGCCUCCGACGACGACGUGCGUAAGGAGAGAAGCGAGGAGCAGCUGGGUCAGGCAGCGGAGAGCAAGGACUUGGACCAUGAGGAAUGGGCAGUUGUUUCCGAGCCCCUGGCCUGGGGGGAGGCUGGUAAGGAUGGCGGAGUGGAAGACUCUGACAGCAGGGAAUGGGAACAAGGAGACUGCCCUGACGGGGACUUGAAAGCCAAGAGAGUUGUGGCUGUGCCCCCCAUGUUUCAAAAUAUCCACGUGACUUUCCGUGUGCACUACGUCACGCACUCUGACGCUCAGCUGCUUGGCGUUACCGGCGACCACGAGUGUCUGGGCCAGUGGCACAGCUACGUUCCUCUCAAGCACGACAAGGACGGCUUCUGGUCUGAAUGCAUUAGUUUGCCAGCAGACACCAAAGUGGAGUGGAAAUUUAUCUUGGUGGAGAACGGGAAGGUCAGACGCUGGGAAGAAUGCAGUAACAGGACCCUGGUGACGGAACACGAAGAUCGGAUUGUUCAUCGGUGGUGGGGGUACCAUUAA